UUUCGAUUUCGGCGGUUUGGGGCUGGUGGUUUAGGAUUUCGAAUUCGAUUUCGAUUUCGAAUUUUAGGGUUUCGAUUGGCUGGUGGUUUGAGGCUGGUGGUCGGGGCAACAAGAAGGGGAAGGGGGUUCGUUGGCUGCGUAGGGGUGGGGGGAAAAGUCGGGGCGCCGCCGAUGAACAUUUGGUGGAAUUUUGCGGCGAAGGUGGCGGUUUAGCAGCAGGAGACCACGAGGUUAGGGGUGGUUGGCAGGAGGGGAAAUGGAGGAGGUGGGGUUCGCCGGCAUCGGGGAAAAAUUUGGGCGCCAACAAGGGGAGGGGGGAGGGUGGCUGACGCCGGGACAGGGGAGAUGGGGUGUUUGAGAUUUUUUUUAAAAGAUUUUUUUUAAUAAUUUAAAUUAUUAUUUAAUGAAAUAUGAGGCCCACUUAACGAAACCUUAACAGAUUCCGUUAAGUGGUAGCAAUAUAUACAGUUAGGGAAUUUGUGUGGUAGUAAUUUAAAAUAUUUUUUUAAACAGGUAGCAAAUGUGACACGAGGUGUUUUCGCGGGUAGAAAAUGUCAAUUUUUCCUUUUUUUUUUAAGGCACAUUUGCCAUUUGGCCAAUUUUGAUCAUAUAUUAAUGUAUACAUGAAGUCAAAAUAUAUGUAACUAGACCUGUUAGUUCAUGACCCGACUCGACCCUAUCUCUUAACCCAUUUUACUGAGAGAGAAUAUAAACCCGACCCAUCAUAAACAACUCAAAAUUUAACCCGAACUCAACCCAUUAAUUUGAAUUGACAAGUCUGUAUGUAAAUAGCCAAUAAAAAACAGAGAGAGUAAUCACCAAACUCCAUUUUCGACUUGCCAAGCCAAAAACCCAAGAGGGCCCAAGAGGACUAAUGAUUUACCUCCAAGGAUUGUAGAUAUCAUGGUCCACUCACUCUUCCAUUCUUCAUCUUUGCAAAACAAGUCAAAAACUCAGCCCAUUCCUUCCUUCCUUCUUCUCCCCUUCUAACACUAUGAAUUAUUGAAAAUUAACUUCCAGUAGAUUCAAGCAUAAGCAAAGUUGUAUUUUCGUAUUUGAUUGGGAGAAUAAAAUGUAUUGAGCAUUUGGGUGGAUUGAAACUGUAGAAAAAUGGCGGAAUGUGGGACUGUGCCAUCGAAUUUUAAGCUGCAAUUGCAAACAAAAGGGUCUUGGUUCAAACCCCAGAAUUCAUACCCCAAAAAUUUCCCAAGAGAUUAUAUGUCCGCAAAAGUACCUCUAUGGAGGUUUUGACAACUUCUAAUAUUUUUCUCAGCAGAAAUUUUAGGUCUGCAUCACUUCCUUUAUGGAGAGUCAGCAAGCGUAGUACUAUGUCUGUUUCAGUUACUUUCAGAACUCCUGUUUCUAGUGGAAGUCCCAUGAGGUGUAGCUGCUUGGGAACUAUGAUAGACUUUGAGAGUGCUGCUGUAUCUAGCUGGGUUCCCGUCAUUGACCAAGUGCUUCUGACUGCUAGUGUAUUCUUUGCUUAUAUGGCUGGAGUCAUUCCUUCUGGGGGCUCUUAUAUAAGAUCCCAAAAGAACAAGUCAAAUGACCUGCUGCUCCCUGAAAGUCCCAUCUUUUUUGGUAGUACAACAGAAAAGGAAGAUCAGCAUGGUUGUCAUUGUUCCUGGGAUGCAGUGAAAGGGAAAAUCACAAAGUCUCUUCUUGCUAUUGAAAAUGGUGUUAGUGUGGAAGAAAAUACAAAAGAAUAUGAAUUAGAUCGUGCAAAGAGGCCUCUUAAUUUGUAUGCCGUUGCUAUUGGUCCCAGAUUCAGGUUGCUUUUGUCUUUGGUUGAGCAACUUGAGAAAAUGGUUAAUGAAAUUCCAGACACAUCAACGGCUAUGGAAAGGGAGGAAUGGCUGGGUUUAUUUUCCUCUACAGUAAAGAAGGCUUGUCAAUCAGCUUUGUUUUCUUGGAUGGAAAAGGAGUUCAGCGUAGAAAAUUGCAAGCCUGACAAGGAGCUUUUGCUGUCUAUGUCAGAGAAGUUGAGAGGAGAAGAUAUCAUCUUAGGAGAUUUUAGAAAAUCCAGCAAGAUGGAUCUUUUUGCAGAUUUGAUAGGUUUUUUCAGAUAUGGUUGCUUUAAGGAGUGUAGCUACUAUGAUCAUAAUCUUUAUCCCUUACAUGGAGGUGCUAUAUUGGAAGAUCUAAUUAUUACUCUCGCUGAUGCAAUAUCAAGUAUAUAUUUGGAGGUUAUAUCUGUAGACAGUGACAUUUCUGAAAAGAUUAGUAACUUUGGGCUGUCCUUGUGUACUUUGUCGACCAGAGAUUUGCAGAAAUUAAGAAAUGAGGUAGCUAUGCGUGAGUGGAUUCACCAGAACUUUGGAGAAAUUGUAUUAAUGUAUGAGGAUCGAUUCGACCUGCGGGUACUAAAGACUGAACCUUAUCGUGAGUCGGCUGAGACACUCAAGGAAAGUCAUAGUUGGUGGAGGAGACUUACUCUGAAGAAAUCUGUACAUGUGCAGUCCUCACUACGCUAUUCUGUAGUCAGUACCUUCUCUUUGACUUUAAAGCGCACAAGGGAACUAAGGGCCCUCAAAGGAUGGAAGUACUACUUCAGCCUCAUACUCGAGUUGUCUGACAUUGCAGUGCCGAUGGUGAAAGUAAUAGUUUCUCAGGUUCGCAAUGCCAUCUCUUUCUUCCUCGUUAGCUUGAUUGGACGGUCUGUAGGACUUGUAUAUACCGGAAUAAGGCAAUCUCUACGGUGGAAAUAAAAAUGACCUCUGGAACUCCCUCAUCUCAUGCUCCAAUUUUGCUUUGUUAGCUAGUAAUAUACACUUGAGUAGAUGGAUUAUAUAGGGCAAAGCAACUUUUCUACUCCGAACCAGUGAUUCUUUUCUGGGCUAGUCCUAAGUUUAGCCCAGCUCAGUUGUUUCAGCCCAUUAUUUUUUGGUAAUUGUUGGGCCUUGAAAAUAUUAUUUGUUGUUUUAAGCAGGUGUUUGUCAUUUUUGGUGGUACUUAUUACAGCACACCUUUAUUCAAUCGAUUAAUCCCUUAAUUAUCAUUUCUGUAAAUUUAUUUUUGCAUUUAAUGAGAAGAUUGAACUUGCACCA